UGCCCCUUUUUGCAUGGGGUUUGUCAUUAGAAGCUCAUUUUUCUGCAUGGAGCCAAAGCCUUUUUUCUUCAGUGAAAAACAACUCAGUGACAUGCCAGUAUAAUCCAUAAAUUAACUGCAAACAAUUCAGUACUGCAAAUCUGCGUAUUAGCUUUCUGUGUAACAUUGUUCAUGUAGUCGAGAGACUACACAGUGAUUAGACAAAUUAAUAGCUGAAAAUGUCAGAGACUGUUGUUUGUAAAGCUGGGGAUGCUGUCAGAAGCUGGCCGGCUUGCUCUGUCCCUGUUGACAUUCUUUUCUCUUCUGUACCCUGCUCAAGAGUCACUGUGCACGCAGGAGGACAGUUUCUCAAACCAGCGGGAACUUUGGGGCCAUUUUACUGUAAGCUUAACCUAGUAGGUUAAGGUUGUUCUCUUGUUUUGUCUUUUUUUCCAGACUGGCACUUUCUUACUGUUUUGCUUUUGGUUUUUUUUUUUUUCCCCUGAAAUAAAUUAAUAUUUGAAAGGUUGCUCAAAGCAAUUUAGAAAUUCAUACAUGAACCUCGGCAUUCCAGAAUAUGCUUGAAGAACUAUUAAUUCAUAAGCCAGAUGAUCCCAUUCAGUAUAUGAUAAACCAUUUAAAGCAGAACAACGAUGAUGCUCCAAGAAUUUGUGUACUUGGUCCACCUGCUUCUGGGAAAACUACAGUUGCAAUGUGGCUUUGUAAACAUUUGGAUGCCAUACGUAUCUCUCGGGAGACUUUGUUAUUCAAGGAAAUAUUAGCACUGACAAGGGAAGCAAAGAUGUAUAAAGAAAGAAAACAGAAAAUUCCCAACGCGCUUUGGGCCAAUCUGAUCCAGGAACGUCUGUCAAAUGUGGACUGCAUCAAACAAGGGUGGAUUUUGGAAGGCUUCCCUGAAAAUCAGGAACAGGCAUGGAUGCUGCAAUCAUCUGGCAUCAUUCCUAGGCAUGUUGUUGUGCUUUAUGCUCCAGACACUGUGCUGAUUGAGAGGAACAGUGGGAAAAGGCUUGAUCCCUUCACAGAAGAGGUGUACCAUACAACAUUUGACUGGCCAAGUGAUCCGCUGAUACAGCAGCGUUUGGUGAAACCAGAAGAUCUAUCUGAACAGGAGAUGUCAAAGAAACUGCUGGAAUAUCACAGAAACUUCCCUGGGGUUUUCCAGAUCUACCAAAAAGUUUUGAAAUCGAUCAAUGCAGACCAGCCUUCCAUGGAUGUCCUCUCACAGGUUCUUACCUAUGUCCAAACUCGGCACCGAUCCGCCGCCCCCUUUACACCACGGAUUCUCUUUUGUGGACCCCCAGGCAGUGGGAAGAGCCUGCAGGCAGCACUAAUAGCUCAGAAAUACAGUGUUGUCAACAUUUGCUGCGGGCAACUGCUAAAGGAAGCUGUUGCAGACAAGACAAAACUUGGAGAACUCAUUAAGCCUUAUAUUGACAAUGGAUACCCAGUCCCAGACAACCUUGUUAUGAAGAUCCUGGCAGAACGCCUAAACGCACUAGACUGCAUGACCAAUGGUUGGGUGCUUCAUGGCUUCCCAAGAGACAUAGAGCAGGGAGAACAGCUGCAAAAAUCACAUAUUAUUCCAAACAGGGUAUUUUUCUUUAAUCUCCCCUAUGAAUCCAUCAUGGAACGACUGUCUCAACGGAGGAUUGAUCCCAUCACUGGGGAAAGAUACCACAUGACAUUCAGACCAGCACCGGCACCGGAGAUCCAAGUCCGUCUCAGGCAGAACCCUAGAGACAAGGAAGAAAAUAUUGAGAAGCGCGUGGAAACCUAUUACAGGAAUGUCAAGGAACUGGAGGAUUUUUAUGAAGAUGCCAUUUAUGUCAAUGCUGACCAAGACCCUCAUGUUGUCUUUGAGUUUAUAGAAAGCUGUAUCAUCAAGCCCCUUCCAUGCAAAAAAUUAAAAAGCUUGUAAUUAAUAAGGAUGAUUUCUGGAACAGUUGAUUUUAAACUUUUCCCUGUAAUGUUUGCAGUCCGGUCACUGAAGUGGCAGGUUAUCACAAGUGAAGAGAAAGUCAGCCAGCUGUGUUAAAUUGAAGCUCACCAAGGCUGAGUGAAGUACAAAGAGUAAGAAAUUGUGCUUUACCGGAAAUUUUUUUGGCUUUUGUUUUGUGAUUCAAGGUAUGAAACACUGUGGCUAGGGAAGUUCCUGUGUUUAAUUCAAAUAUCUUUUUCUGAUUCUGUGAUUCAGUGAAUAGUAGUUUUGUCUUAGCUAUGUAAUACCCAUGAAGCCAAUUAUGAGUAUUAAAGCUAUUAGAUGUG